UCUGGUUAAAACGUGUAAUUUCCCUGCUUCGUUUCAAGAUGAAAUGAUUAGGGACAGAAUAGUUUGCGGCAUUAGAGACAAAAGGUUUCGGAAUGUUUGCAACUUGAAAUGGAACUAACUCUGGAGAAAGCAAUAAACACUGCGAGACAGGCUGAAACAGUGAAAAAGCAACAAGAAGCUUUUAAGAACAAUUCCGGGAAUAACAUAUAUGCAUUACGCAAAAAUGCAGGUAGGAAGAAUGUAAUUUCGAAGCCGGAAGCUCCCGACAAUUCGUUUACUGGAAACAAAACUGUAAAUUCCUGUUAUUGGUGUGGAAAACUGGUGAAACAUACUAAAUUCAAUUGCCCUGCUCAUAAGGCGAUCUGUAAUAAGUGCGAAAAAGUAGGUCAUUACGCAAAGGUCUGUAAAGCUAAAGUGAGUAUAAAUGAAAUAGGAGAACCUAAUCAAAGUUCAUUUCUAGGACAUGUUAAAGGGUCAAGUAAUAUAAACAAUAGCGUUAAGAAACAGUUUAACCAGUGGAAUGCAGACAUUUUCGUGGGAGACAUUCCUUUAAACUUCAAGAUUGACACAGGAGCAGAUGUCACAGUUAUACCACACGAGACAUAUAACAGAGUGCUAUCUCGUGUUAAAUUACAAGAAACGAAUAGAUCUAUACACGGCCCUGGUAAAAAAAACUCUGGAUGUUGUGGGAGUGUUCACGGAAAAGCUAAGAAAUAAGAGAUUCCACAUUCAAGAAGACAUAUAUGUUAUAGAUAAACUAGAACACUCCUUGUUGAGUGGUAAAGCGUGUGAACAGUUAAAUCUUGUGAAAAGAAUACAGGAACUAAACUCUACUUUUGAUCC